AUAUAUAUACAUAUAUAAAUAUUCCCUUUAGUAGGUUUUUGUUUGGGUUUUUAAGGAAAAGUUGAAAUCUUGAAGAAAUGUAUUGUCCAUUGAAAACUGGGUUUUCUGUAAAUGGGUCCACCGACAUUACAUUCAAGAACAGAGCAAAAUUGCCUCCUAGGGUUUGUGCUCCAAUCGACACUCUUCAAUUUAAAGAAUCAAAUUUCACUGACUUUUGGACAAAAAACCUAGAAAUUGCACCCCCAAAAUUCGAUCCCAUCACUGCACAACCAUUAGUUAGUAACAAAGGUCUAAAAUGGUGGGAAAAAUCCCUUCAGACAAACAUGAUUGAGAUCCAAUCAGCCCAACAGCUUGUCGAUUUCUUGCCGAAUGCCGGUGAUAAAUUGGUUGUACUAGAUUUCUAUUCACCUGGCUGUGGUGGUUGUAAAUCUUUGCAUCCUAAGAUCUCUCAACUGGCUGAAACAAACCCGAAUGCUCAGUUUCUCAAGAUUAAUUAUGAUCAGCAUAAGGCAAUGUGUUAUGCUCUCAAUGUACAUGUUUUGCCCUUCUUUAGAUUCUAUAGAGGUGCUGAGGGCAAAGCUUGUAGCUUCAGUUGUACUAAUGCUACUAUCAAGAAAUUCAAAGAUGCAUUGGCCAAACAUGGCACUGAUCGGUGUAGUCUUGGCCCGGCAAAAGGGCUCGACGAGUCGGAGCUUUUGGCCUUGGCUUCAAUUGGCUUGAUAUCGAAAGAUUUUGUGCCGAAUUCGGCCAACAAUGAUAGAAUAGAAGAUUUGGUAACUAAAGAAAAUGCCGUUUCGGGUGCAUUUAGCAUAGAUGACAAUGCCAUGGUGAUGGCUUAGAGUUAGAGAUGGUUCAACCAUUUUUUUUUUUUUUGGUUUGAUGUGUAUAUAAUUCAUCUAUGUGUUUUUUUUUUUUUAAGUAUUUUUUUUUAUGUUUUCCAUCCCAGCAUAUUUGGAGGAUGUGUGACAUGGGUGAUGAGGAGAAAUUUCUCCCAAAUUGAAUUAGAAGUGAAUUUAAGCUAGAUCAUUGUUAUUA